AUGUCUUCUGUAGGUAACUUUACAGAGGAUGCCUCUAAUAUGAGUGUCCAGCGGAUUAUCGCAGCAUGGCUCUUUGCCACGACAUCGUUCCUGGGAGUUCUAGGAAACAUCUUGGUCAUCGUGGCAGUCUCCCUGUCAUGUCGACUGCAGACGAAAACAAACAUAUUCGUGGUCGCUCUCGCCGUCAUCGACCUCGUCAACUGCCUUCUCUUACCCGUUCAAGUGAUGUCUCUCAUCGGGGUAGGACGAUCGGUGUCCUUCGGCAGGGUUUGCACCGUCACUGGUGUAGCCAUGUCUGCCUCCAUGGGAGUGAGUGUAACUAUCCUAGUACUCAUAGCCUUCAAUCGAUUCUACAUGAUUACCAAAGUAAAAACAGACUAUACUCGAUUAUACACGACAAGGAAUAUAGUGGCCAUGAUUGUCGCUUGCGCUGCGGUACCGAGUUUCAACGUCGUAUUAGCCGCAUCAGGACUUGCCAAGUUCGGAUUGGACGAAGGUAUAUGCUCUCAUGCUGAAGGCAACUCAUACUCGUACACAGCUGGGGCAUGGCUACUGGUUUCCCUGCUCAUUAUUGUGAUCUGCUACGUCAAAAUAUAUCAACACGUCAAGCGCCAUUUGCGUAGCAUAGGGUCGGAGGAGCAUGCUAAAGGCAGUCCACAGGACGCGUCGACGGUUGAAUAUCCGAAGACCACAGAACUAGGCGAGGGACCAAAGUUGGUCAAUGCAGAAUUUGCGCAGCGCCAGCGGGAACUCGAAUCGAAGAUCACGACGAAUAUGCUGAUCAUCAUCGUGCUCUUCUUCCUGUGCGUGACACCGUCCAUCAUCAUCCUCUUCGUACCUGACGAUCACGAUGCAAGCUCCAUCACCGUCGCCAUCAUCGCAUUCAACAGCUGCCUCAACCCGAUUGUCUAUGCCUGGAAACACCCAGUGUUCAGACACGUCUUCAAAUGCAUCAUUACACGGCAGAUCACUGAUAUCAAGGAGCCGACGCGGUGGGCUCGUUCACUCGUAGAAACGCACUCUUAA